CAGCAGGUCAAAGAGGAAGUAAAGCACUUUCGUUACAAAGGAUACAGAGAGAAAUAGAACAUGAAAAUGAAGUGAAGACUGUCUUGUCAAGACAAGGCGACGGAAUAAAGACUACUCUUUUGUGUAUGAUGAAGUAGGUAACUGCAACUACGAGCGACAAAACGACAAAAAAUAUCUUUACCGUAACAAAUCUGCUAUUAGUAGUAAAGUACGGUUUUCGUCGGGAACGAGAUUUGACAAAAAUCUGCUAGUACUGGCUUUAUUGGUCGGGAACGACAUUGGUAGGGCUGAAAAUUUCUCUUUCUGAAAGAAGAACGAAGGUGGAAUAAAUCAUAAUGUGUGACAACACAAAGAAGAUUGCUGUCAGAUUAUUGUACUAGUACACGCACUUCUUUAAGUACUUUGUAUUCUCGACCGCGACUACUUACCUUCUCAGAUUUAGAUCCCUUUUUCUCUUGAAAAAGCACGUGAACAAUACUCAAAAGCGCAGUGUGCAGCACAGAAAAUAAGUACCGCCUACAUCUCAAAACCGUAGCUCACCUUCCCUCCACCCGACGGAUACAAUAGACCGACUCUCGAAAUGAGCAAGAGGGGUUACAGCCGCUGCCGCGACGGCGCGUGGGGCGGUCCUGGUGGCGCUUCCUCUCCACCUCGAGGUGGUGCCCGUCUCGUUGCUGGGGGCGAGAAGAAUAAGAAAAUCUACGGAAGGAGCAGGCUGCAUAAUAUGGCUCCGCAAGCAUCUUCUUCUUCUUCUUCCAGCAUGGUGUUGAGCAGUGACCGACUUCUCGCGCUCCGUGGAGAAAAAGUACUGACUAGUGCGAAUUCCGUAGUACAAAUGAUGAGUUGUGAACGAAGAUCAAAGAUCGGAGCAACCGUUUGUCUUUGUCAGGAACUACAGGUGAAAAUACACAAAAAAAAAUGUUCGAAUUUGUCGACAACAUGAUCUCCCAGGUGAAAAACCUAGUGUUGGCAUCGGAGGCCAAUGGUCCUGAUGUUGCAGGACAGUCAUUAGGCGGUGCUGGUGGCGGAGCAAAAGAAAAUAGUACCAGCGGUAAUAUCAAGCGGCAACGCAAACAAGCGAGGACGGUGGACGACACUGAAUCUGAGUAUUUUGUUCGAGUACAAUAUCCCAACCACGAAAUUUCGUCGAUCUCGAAAACGCUGACGUCGUACGCAGAGCGUGUGCUGGAUAUGCAAGAACACAAAUUUGCCGCACAACAUGACGUGCAGAAAGUGCUGGCCCUCUGAGUUUUCAUUUUGGCAAGAACCCAAAAAGAAAUAGUGAGCAUGAGAGGACUUCAUUUGUACAGCAAAUUGAGUUUGAGGUUGGAGGUCAGCAAAAUGCACAUGAUCACGAUCCAACGUCGUGUAGUGCGUCGAAUUUGAUGUUCCUGUGCAUACUACCCCAGAGGAGAGCAGCAGCGGAGGAGGAGAACGCGAACGCGUCUAGCACGAAUAACACCUCGCCUGGUACUUCUACAGGCAGUAGCUCCAAUUCCAAGUCUAGCACCACCUCUUCAUCAUCAUCAUCAUCAUCAUCCACGACCCGAGAUGACAAACAGGAGUCAAAAAAGCAGCUUUCGCGAGAAGAGCAAAUCAAUGCGGUUCUGCAAUCCACCACGAAACUGGUUUUUAACGACGUCGACUGGUGUUUUCCAAACGACACAAUAUCAACUGCAAAUAUGUCUGGGUCUGGAAGGAUCCAACUUGUGAUGCUGUUCUUGGAUUCUAAAAACAUCUGCAUUGCAUGACCAGCAAGAGAAGUCCUGUUUUUCCUAGGGCAUUUCUCAUGCGGGAUAGGCAUCGGGAAGCCUUCACAAAAUCUGUGAUGCUACCGCAUACAUCACGGACUACAUCGUGGGUCGUGCAAAAUGUGCAUGACAAGUUUUCCAAUCUUCCAGACCCAGACACGACAUUUGCAUUUGAUACACAAUUCCAUCCUCUGGUCUCCAGGAUCUCUUCUCGAUGUGCCCAAACUUGCGGGAGCUGGGAAUCGUGGAUUGUGAAGCUUUGGAUGGACUUGAAACAGUGGACGGAAGUUGUGGGCUUCCGGGCGGGACUUCGUCUCUUGAGGUUCACCUUCUUUCGUCAAUUCCUGUUGGCCCGUGAAGGUUCAUGUAAAAAGAUUGUCGCGCCGCGCAAAUGCAAUAAUGAAUCAUGGCAGGAUCAUCAUCAUACUGAAGGUCGACCUCUUCAAAAGUAACCUUGAUGUUGCACGGAGAAUAAGCAUGAAGAUAUCAGUCAAAUGAACAAUGAAACGGAAUCCGAACCUAGAAAUUCUACAGGUACUGACCUUGCAGAACACUGGUAUCAAAAACCUGGAUUUUCUCGCGAGCGACUGCUUCCGGAAUUUGAAAACUUUGAGCGUGCAGGGAAGUGAACAUCUGGGGCUGCGCGAAGCCGAAGAGGGACUCGCAGCGGUGCCACAGCUGGAAGUACUGGAGGCGAGGGGAUCGCUGCAAUGGUACACCUUCUACAAGGGUACGGAAGUGAAAAUCUGUCUGAGUGUAGUUCUGGAAUUGUAACUUGUGAUCGUACGAGGUUGUGGAAGAUUUUUAAAACACUCCAGCAAAUGCAGCUGCUAAGCAUGACAAGCAUAUUGCGUCGCGCCUUCUUCUGUGCACACCGCGCACAGAAGAAAAACAAAAAGCUUCGUCUUUGCAUGACAAACGAAGCUGCGCGUUUGUUGGUUCUUAUGCGAUGAUCCAGCCACUUUCCAUGGAAUAUGUAGACUAAGAAUAUACCUUUGUUUUAGUACAGACUCAGACGCAAUUGCGAUGCAUAACGGGAAACGACUAUCCCUUGAUGCCCUUGCGUCUCCGCCCGGAGCCAACCGAGAUGCGGGAGAAAAUUCUUGCAGUAUAAUUGCUGUCCGCAGUGAGAUUUGCCGUGCAUGACUAGAUUUAAAAAAGCGCGUUGCUUUCGAUGCCCUCUCGAAGUGAAAAACAAAAAUGAAAAACAAACACCAAAUAUACGAAAAACAGGCCUGCCCCUCGUUGAAAGUUUUGGACGGCGAGAAACUGCUAGAUGCGCAUGGGUCCGGUAUACUCUUCUCCUUGUCAAAGACAAAGUCGAGCACGGACCUGGAAGGCUCGAUGGUAGGAGCGAUGGCAGCGAAGAGUGCCAGUGCAAACGCGGAGAGCAGCGCAGCGAGUUCGUCGAAGAGGGGUCGGGCGGCGGUGGACAAGGAAAAGGAUGAAAAGCACGCACCAGCAGCGGAAGAGGAUAGUGCUGGCGGCAAGGAGAAUCAACUCCUGAAAAAGGUCAAAGGCGCGGGAAGAGCAAAAACAACGGUACUUAUUUAUUACUCCCUGUGGACAAGAUGAAAGAAGAAUUGUUUCCACUGUGGAAUCUAUGUUUCCAUUUGGUGCUUCGUGCGAGAAUUGGGCAGAUCAUGGGCACUUCAAUAUUAUGAACUCGAGUUCGCGGCUCGUAUGAUUGGUAUCGACACGAACAAAAAAACAGGUACCUUCUACAUCCGCAGGAGCUGCGGACAGCCUCGAUGCGAAAAGAGCUACCAAGUCGUGCAACGUACAAAAAACGAGUUUGCAGGGCGCGACGUCGAGUAGUUCGGCUUCCUCGUCUAAUGUUGUUGGCGGUCGCGCAGCAAAUACAGCACUGGUAUUUAUUUAUCCAGUGUUUUAGGAAACUCAUCGUGAUCCUGGACCUUGUUUUAUCCAUUUGCAUUUUUUGGUGAUGCAUUUGAUCUACAUGUGCAUGCGAGUGUAUUGUAUCGCUAGCCUUGUUAUGUCAGAUUUGGCUUCUUCAAAAUUGUUGGCUUUGGCCGUCUAUGCGUGCGACAAUGUUUCAUGUAGUUUCAGAUUGCGCAUUACAGGUUUCUUCAUCUACAAGUUCUUCGUCCUCUGCUUGUAUUGCGGGCAAGCAAGUAAAACCUCCUCUUCAGACGGGACCGGAACCACUUCUACAACAGGCAAUUGGAUCAUCUAGAAGUACCACUGCCGCGGCGAGCACCAGUAAGGCCGCUAAGGUGGCCAUUUGUGCUCCAACAACGACCUCCGAGGAUGUUGAAGGGUUCCGUGUCGACCAGAAAAAGUUCCUGGAUCAAAACAGUAACAACCCCACCCUUCUUUCAUCCAGCAAUGAGACGCCCAAGAAAUUUGACGUCAAGGAUCUGAUCAAGUACUACCAAGCAAAGAAUGUUGACUUGCAGAACAAGACCUUCUUGCAACCUGCAGGGGACGAGGACAAGACCGGCAGCGAGGAGGACAACGACAGAAAAGCCCGGGAGGAUGGCUUCGAAAAAGCGAUACAGGGUUUCUCAACCGAGGAGAAAAAGCUGCUGGUAUAGAACAAAAUCGCUGCAUUGCGAUCUUCAUGGUGCUAAUUACAUACCGUACUUCCGCAGAUGGCGCCAGUUCAUCAGUCGUAUCUUGCGACGUGUUGUCAAAAGUCUUCAGAUACAGCUUGCAGUUGUUCCGUAGUACAUGUUGCCUUUUAACAAAAAACAGGAAACGAAAAGCGGCAAGAUCUUGAUCGGCCGCACGAAGAUGAAGGAGCCGGAGAACUACGUCGCGGGCGACGAGCAAGCGAGUCAUGCUGAGCUUGUAGUUCCAGCACGUGCACGUGCUGAAGCUCUUCGUGCAUUUCCCCACAUGGCGUUCAAGAUGAAAAGAGCUUCUGAAGGAGAACAACAGCCGAGCUUGCCACUACCGAAAGUUAUUUCUCAAGUAGGAAAUAAAAAGAACGCAGGCAGCGAGACAAAGAAGAUCAACUUGGUGCUCGGCCAGCAGGAUGAAAACAAAGAUACUUCUCUGAAAAGGAUUUCAGCUGCGGACCACGAGGGGCCCGGAAGUAAAAAUCCAGUAGCUGCAAAGAAGCCACGGGGCCGGCCGAAAAAGACCGUGGGUGGAACAACGACAGGACUAGCAUCUUCUGGCGCGGCGUCAGCAUCAUCCUCCUCGUCCUCUUCUUCCAGUACUAGUACCGGGCCAGUAGCAGCAGCAGCUUCUGGAAGUACCGACCCGAACCCUGGAAACAAAGCCGCAUCACUGCCGAUGAAGAUUAUCAAAGAGAAGAGGAAGCCCGGUCGUCCGGCCAAAAACAAUAAAGCGCCCGCUCUUAAAAAAUUGUCGGUGAUGAAAAGAGUCGCGAUGAAAAGAACCUCAGCAACUCCUGCAAUGAAGAAAACUACCAGCCUCCUGGCGAUUUCAUCUAGCAAGAAAACGAGCAAGGGUGUGAAGGCGAAGAAUGGCGCAACCAAGGGUCGUGGCAAGAACACCAGUAGCAGUUCUAGCUCGAGUAGUGCCGCUGCCGGUGGCGAGAAGAUCACACCGAUGAAGAUGGGCUCGGCAAAGGCGAAGAUGAAUACUGGAAAACAUAUUGCAACUGCAAGCGGUGGAAAGAGUAAAAAAGCUGUAAACGUCCUGAAAUCCAGCAAGAAGAAGUCUUCUAGUAAAGCAGCGAAAGCUGGAAAGAAUAGUACCAAGACUAGUACCAGUAGCGCGACUUCUACAUCUACCCGCGGCGCUGGCAUGAAGAAGUCAUCUUCCAUGGCGGUUAUGAAAAAGGUGAUGAAAGGAGCAGGAAAAUAA